AUGGACACAUUCUCGGCGCGUCUAGCCAGCUUCGAUGCUGUGCUGAAGUUGGAAAAGCGAAGAUCUUCAACAACAAAGGGCUCCCGCGUGAUCGCGUGGCCCCAUCAGAGUCCUUCACCCGCCGAGUUGGCGCAUGCCGGCUUCUACUACAAACCAUACGAAACGAAUCCCGACAACACAACUUGCUUCCACUGUGACCGAGCGUUAGAUGGCUGGGAGGAGGAGGACAAUCCCAUCACAGAGCAUCUGAAACACUCCCCGGAAUGCGCCUGGGCAAUCAUGAUGGAUGUUCAGCAAAAUAGUUCCAAUCCUGCCACGAUAGAGGACCCUAACAGCGAGAGGAUCGUACAAGCGCGAAUUGGAACUUUCGGGGCGCAAUGGCCGCAUGAUGGAAAACGUGGCUGGCUCUGUCAAUCGCAAAGGAUGGUUGAAGCAGGGUGGUACUUUUGCCCGAACGAUGACAGCGACGACUUGGCCAGUUGUGCCUAUUGCAAAUUGUCCCUAGAUGGUUGGGAGCCCGAGGACGAUCCCUUUGAUGAGCACCACCGCCGCUCCCCCGAUUGCUCCUUCUUUGUUUUCACACAGCUACCGGGGAAGAAGGGCAAAGGAAGCAAGGCAAAGAAGGGACGUCCUUCCAAGGCAUCGUCACGGCUUUCGGUGCAGUCGGUCGCUUCGGUUGCUUCAGAGAUUCCGGAUGGUUCAGAAAUGGACGUCGACGGGGCGAUCGAUGACAAUGUGGUAUCGCAGCUGACAUCCAAGACCAAAAUUACGAAAAAGGGCUCUAAAAGCAAGACGAAGCAGAGCAAACGGGAAGAUGGAGAAGGUUCCGGACAGACGGACAUUGACAAUGCAGAGCAUAUUAAGCCCGAGCCGCCAAAACAAAAACGCCCCGGAAGACCAAAGAAACGAGUCAGUGAGAAAAUUUCAAAGGACGACGAGUCUGGACUUCAAAACGAAGCUACGCCCGUGGAAGAGCCGGCGUUGAAACGUCGCGCUACACGAACGCGCAGCAGCAGUGUGUCCCGCACCUACAAGAGCGAGACCCAGGAUCAGCCAAUGUCCGAUGCAACCUCAGCGGAUGAAGGCGGUUUCGAUGGGCCUAAGAGAGGCCGGAAGGGUGCGAAAAAAGGGUCCUCCAAGAGUAGAAAUGUGUCUGAUGUCUCUGUCGUCUCGAAGAACACAACGAGGACACGACUGCCAAGAGAUUCGGAGCUUGAGGCUGAGCUUGCAGCAGGUCUCGAAACGGACAAUGUUGAACCUAUGGAUUACCAACCUCAACUGGGGGCUGAGGUGGAAACCGAGUUGGAGAAGACGGCGGAACCUGAAGCGGAGCCUGUGCGGAAGAAGGGUCGGCCUGCGAAGAAGGGCAAAGCUGGGAAAAAGGCAAAGACAAUUGCUGAGCCAGAGAUCGAGGGCUCGUCGAUGAUUCCAGAGUCACCUAAAGAGCGUUCUCGCGCCACAACAAAGCUGUCCAGUAUGGCCGAUCUCACAGAUGGCGAGGAAGAUGCAAGCGUGAAGCCAAAAUCAUCAAAGACCUCUAAAAAGAAAGGCACAAAGAGUGCAAAGAGAAAGCAAGAGCUGUCCCAGGAAGAAGAGGUUGCAGUACAAGUGAAUGAAAGCGAGCAUGAUGAACCCGAGCCUAUUCCAGAGGCCGGGGAAGAAGCGCCAGCCGCGAAGCCCUCAAAGAAGAAGAGGAAUUUGAAGAAAGAGGAAAAGCCCAACAAGGCGAAGCAGGUCAAAGUGCCUGAACCAUCUCCUCCGCCAGAAAGUCCGGAAGAUGUUCGAUACGGGACCCCUCCUGGAUCUUCACCGAGUAUUGAAGAGUUUGACUCCCCUGACGAUCUGCCUGACCAAAUCCAGGUCGUCCCGUCCUCAGAGGCACUUUCACCGGAGCAAAAGUCGACUCAUGAAAGAACACCAGUGCCGCCGAAGACAACGAAGCGAUUUAGUGACAUCCCAGCGGAGCAACACUUCGCCCAGUCAUUGACGGAAUCGCACAGCUCUCAGAGACAUUCCCAAUUGUCCCUGCGGGUAUCACAUCGUGCAGACUCACCUGUGCCCGUGUCCCAUCAAAGCACGCCUUCCCUUUCGCCGCAGUCCUCUGAUGCCGAGAACAGACCACCCUCGGCACUUCCUCAAUCCAAGCGACCUUUGGUUGUUGCGUCACCCGAUAAGCAUAAAUCAACCGAAUCACCACGCGUAGCCGUUACUCCGUCCCCAUCGAAACGCAAUCUAAAUGCAGGCUUUUCGGCUUCUGUGCACCCCUGGACACCUGUUGAUAUCGAAGAAGUCUUACUCGGAGCUUCUAGCGACAAGGAGAAUGGAUAUUUGGCCGAGCUCCUCCAGGGUGUCAAAGCCGAUCUCACAAGCCCGGAGAAACGAAUGACGGUUGAAGCGUGGAUCUUGUGGAAUGCAAAGAACGGAGAAGAGCGGUUGAAGCGAGAGUGCGAACGACUUGUGAAUGAGUUCGAGAAGCAGGCUAAUCGGGCCAUGCGACGGCUCGAGGCGAUCGAGUGCAUCGAUUGA